CUACAUGAUAAUCACGAAGAAAAAGAGCACUUGGUACAAUACAUUGGUUUCCCGUGCGGCAAGAAAAACUCAUCACUGGAGAGGAAACGUAACCAAAGCAAGAAGAAAAGGCUGACGCUUUCGCAGAGAGAAAUCAAAGAACCAAGAACAAAAAAUGGAUGUGAUAAAAACACAGCAAAUAUCAUCUCGACCGAUAGAGAAGGUGAUAGUCCACCCUUUGGUUCUCCUCAGCAUCGUCGACAACUACAAUCGCGUCGCUAAAGACACGCGCAAGCGCGUUGUCGGAGUCCUCCUUGGCACUUCCUUCAAAGGCAACGUUGACGUCACCAACAGCUACGCAGUCCCUUUUGAGGAAGAUGAGAAGGACCCCAGUAUAUGGUUCCUUGACCACAACUACCAUGAAUCAAUGUUUUCGAUGUUCAAGAGGAUUAAUGCCAAGGAACAUGUUGUUGGUUGGUAUAGUACUGGCCCAAAAUUACGGGAGAAUGAUCUAGACAUUCACAGAUUAUUCCACAAUUAUGUCCCAAAUCCUGUCUUGGUCAUCAUUGACGUCCAACCUAAGGAGCUGGGGAUACCCUCCAAGGCCUACUAUGAUGUUGAAGAGGUUAAGGAGAAUGCUACUCAAAAGAGCCAAAAGGUUUUUGUUCAUGUUCCUUCAGAAAUUGCUGCACAUGAAGUUGAGGAGAUUGGAGUGGAACACUUGCUAAGGGAUGUAAAGGACACAACCAUUAGCACACUUGCAACUGAGGUAACUGGAAAACUCACAGCUUUGAAGGGUUUGGAUGCAAGGUUACGAGAGAUACGUUCUUACCUUGAUCUUGUUAUUGAUGAGAAGCUUCCGCUGAAUCAUGAAAUACUGUACCAUUUACAGGAUGUGUUCAACUUGCUGCCAAACCUAAACGUAAAUGAAUUAAUCAAGGCUUUUGCGGUAAAAACAAAUGAUAUGAUGUUGGUUAUAUAUCUGUCAUCUCUCAUCCGAAGUGUCAUUGCACUCCAUAACUUGAUCAAUAACAAGAUGCUAAACAAAGAACAUGAGAAAGCUGAGGAUGCAAAGCCGGCAACUGUCCCUGCUGCCAGUUGAAACUGAAUAUCAUCUGUAUUACUUGGAGUUCUAAACAUGACAAAAACUUGAGCAUAGGGUGCUAUUACCUUUCAUAGGAUCCUCAUUCUUGAGAUUUUGUGUUCUUCAUAGCACAAUCAGAGUGUCAUCGGCCUUCAAAAUUGAGAUUUUUGGAUCUCUUUGUUUUUCAGACAACUAUAGAUUGUAGAAAUGAAGUGCAUUCCAUUAGCGUUACAAUUAUGUUGAAUCAAUCAUUCGAGUGUUAGAUACUGCUUAUGCAACUAUAUAUAUAUAUAUAGUUUUGGUUGUGGUA